CACAGAGAGACUCAACGAGACGCUGAGACAGAGAGACACGCGCAGACACGCGCAGACACGAUGCCGGGUGUCCCGGGAAGAGGCGGAGACCGUCAGCACCCUGCGCUAAAGCUUCCCUCCGUCAGUAGCCCCCCCUCGGUCACCCCCUCGUCCGCGCUCGCCUACUCCAUUCUGGACUCGCCUCCAUGGCCUCUCUGCAUGCUCCUUGGCCUGCAGCAUUGCGUGACGGCCAUGGGGGGCCUCGUGGCCAUCCCGCUGCUGCUGUCGCGGUUCCUCUGCGUUCCUCCCGGGCAGCCGGGCGAUGACGUGCGCAGCCACCUCAUCAGCACCAUCCUCUUCGUGUCCGGGAUGUGCACUCUGCUGCAGGCCACCAUCGGGAUCAGGCUGCCCAUCGUGCAGGGUGGCACCUUCACAUUCGUGGUGCCCAGCGUCGCACUGCUCUCCCUGCCCGAGUGGCGCUGCGAGAGGCGGGGGCCGAGGGGGGGGCGGCCCCGCCGGGUCAGGGGGGGGGGGUGGCCGCCCCCGGGACUCAACCACACGGCGGCGUCACCCACCGCCAUCUCCUGGCAGGCUCGGAUCUGCGAGCUGCAGGGCGCCAUCAUGGUGGCCUCAUGCUUCCAGAUGCUGCUCGGCUGCUCGGGCGCGAUGGGCUGGCUGCUGCGCCUGGUGGGGCCGCUCUCCAUCGCGCCCACCGUGGCGCUCAUCGGCCUGUCGCUCGUGCGCUCGGCCGCCACCAGCGCCGGCCACCACUGGGGCGUGGCCUGCAUGACGAUUGCUCUCAUCGUGCUCUUCUCCCAGUACCUACGCGACCUCCACGUGCCACUGCUGCCCGCGUGGCGGGGCGGACCGCGCCUCAAGCCGUUGCCGAUCUUCAAGCUCUUCCCGGUGCUGUUGGGGAUGGGGCUGGCCUGGCUCGUGUGCCACCUGCUCACUGUGUGUGGGGGCCUGCCAGACCAACCCGACGCCUACGGCUACCUGGCCCGCACCGACCUCAAGGCCGAGGCGAUGGGCAGCGCUCCCUGGAUUUACCUGCCCUACCCAGGCCAGUGGGGCGUCCCGAGCGUGAGCGCUGCGGGUGCGGUGGGGAUGCUGGCCGGCGUGGUGUCCUCCGUGGUGGAGUCGGUGGGGGACUACCACGCGUGCGCCCGCCUGGCGGGAGCACCGCCGCCCCCGCGCCACGCCGUCAACCGCGGCGUCGCCCUCGAGGGCCUCGGCUGCCUCCUCGCCGGCGCCUGGGGCACCGGCAACGGCACCACCUCCUACAGCGAGAACGUCGCCGCCAUCGGCAUCACCAAGGUUGGAAGCCGCUCGGUCGUCCUCUCUGCGGGGCUCUGGCUGCUGCUGCUCGGCGUGUUUGGCAAGGCCGGUGCGCUGCUCGCCUGCAUCCCCGAGCCCGUCAUCGGCGGCAUGCUCAUCGUCAUGUUCGGCGUCAUCACCGCCGUUGGGAUCUCCAACCUCCAGUUUGCCGACAUGAACUCCCCCCGCAACAUCUUCAUCGCCGGAUUCUCUCUCUUCGUUGGGCUCGCCGUGCCGGCCUGGCUCGAGCAGAACCCCGAGUCCAUCACCACCGGUGUGCCAGGGCUGGACCAGGUGAUACAGGUGUUGCUCACCACCAGCACCUUCGUCGGUGGAGCCCUGGGUUUCAUCCUGGACAACACGGUGCCCGGCUCGUCGGAGGAGCGCGGUCUGGAGGCGUGGAGACGCGCGCACGGAGAGACCGACGGCUCGGACGCCUCCGCCUACUCCCCCGAACUCCGGAACUGCUACGACCUCCCCCUGGACCUGUCCAGGCUGCCCCGCCUGGCUCGGCUUUGCCGCGUGCUGCCCUGCUGCCCCAGCCCUGCCCUGCCGCCGCCACUGCCCCCGGUAGACAAGGAUAUUCCGUGCGACGUGUGAUUGUGAUCCCUUGGAGUCCCUUAGACCCACAGCCCCCCCUAGUCCUCGAGCACCGCGGAGACGCCUCCCGAUACCCAGCGAGGGAUUGGGUUUGAGGGACACAUUUGUUGGGGAGCGAGUGGCAAGCGAAGGGAAAUUAAAGUGCCGCCCGUUUGGUUGUCGCGAGGGCUCUCUCUCUCACACCCUCGAGAGAGGCUCUCUCUCUCUCGUUUGUGAGAGAGAGCCUCUCUCUCUCUCGG